CACCCCGCCGGCCGCAGCCGGGAGGGCAGGCUCGCCGGAGCCGGGCCCGGUCCAGGGGAGGCGAUGUCAGGCGGGGACUCUGCGGCCGCCGCGGCCUCCCCUCAGCCGCUCCCUUUCUCCCUGCCCAAGCCGCCUCCCCUCAUGCAGCUCAACCCCGGCGAGGGAGUGCGGCCCGUGGGGGCCCCCGGCCCGGAGCAGUCGCCCAAGAGCGGCCGCAUGGGAGGCCGCCCGGAUUGGCCGGCCGGGAAGCCCGUCAGCCUCUUGGCUCCCCUCCUCCCGCCUCGAGGGGAGCCCGAACCUCUCUUGCCCUUCGGCCCGUCUUCCCGCCAGCCGCUCCGGGGGAGGCUGCUGGGCAGGUGCGGAGGCGGCGGCGGCGGCGGGAGCCUCCUCAACCCUUCGAUGCGACCAGGUGGUGGCGGCGGCGGUGGAGGAGGCGGUGGCGGUAUGGGCCGAGAGCCCCUAAUGAUGGGACAUCCGGGUAUGCCUCACUACCCACCCAUGGGAAUGCAUCCUAUGGGCCAAAGGCCACCCAAUAUGCCUCCAGUCUCUCAUGGAAUGAUGCCUCAAAUGAUGCCUCCUAUGGGAGGGCCACAAAUGGGACAGAUGCCUGGAAUGAUGCAAUCAGUGAUGCCUGGGAUGAUGGCACCCCAUAUGUCUCAUGCUCCCAUGCAGCCUACAGGACCGCCAGGAGUAAACAGUAUGGAUUCUCAAAUUGGUUUAGCCCCCCCAGGAACUCAGCCUACACCUCCAGUAGUUUGUUCAGUGCAGCAAGUCACCCCGGCCAACAGCUCUGCUAAUGAGGAGCCUUCCAAACAGAAAUCUAUGUGGUCAGAGCAUAAGUCACCAGAUGGAAGAACAUACUACUAUAAUACUGAAACAAAGCAGUCUACCUGGGAGAAACCAGAUGAUCUCAAAACACCUGCAGAGCAAAUGUUGUCAAAAUGUCCGUGGAAGGAAUAUAAGUCUGAUUCUGGAAAACCUUACUACUACAAUUCCCAAACAAAAGAGUCACGCUGGGCAAAACCCAAGGAACUUGAAGAUCUUGAAGCAAUGAUUAAAGCUGAAGAAAACAGCGGUAAACCAGAGGAAUCUGUUCCAACAUCAUCUGCAGUGGCACCAGGGGUUACAAAUGCUUCAGCCACUGUUCCUGAAGCUCCUAUAGCUGCCCCAGCAAUCCCUGCUGCUCCAGCUGUUGCAUCAGCUCCGGAAACCGAGCCUUCCGCUGUUGCUACUGUUAUAGAAAAUGAAAGGGUCACUGCUACAGCUGAUGAGCAGAUACAGCCAGCUGCUCCUGUUGUACAGGAACAGGCUGCAGAAGUUGUGACAAACUCCGUAGAAGAAGCUCCUAAACAGGAAUCCUCAGAUGUUGCCGCCAAAAAGGACGAAGAAGAUGCCCAACCAGUUAAAAAGACGUACACUUGGAAUACAAAAGAAGAAGCUAAGCAAGCAUUUAAAGAACUAUUGAAAGAAAAGCGUGUGCCAUCCAACGCCUCUUGGGAGCAAGCUAUGAAAAUGAUCAUUAACGAUCCAAGAUACAGUGCUUUGGCAAAACUAAGUGAGAAGAAGCAAGCAUUUAAUGCUUACAAGGUCCAGACAGAGAAAGAAGAAAAAGAAGAAGCAAGAUUAAAAUACAAAGAGGCAAAAGAAUCUUUUCAGCGUUUCCUUGAGAACCAUGCGAAGAUGACAUCCACUACCAGAUACAAAAAAGCUGAACAAAUGUUUGGAGAGAUGGAAGUCUGGAAUGCAAUAUCAGAACGUGAUCGUCUUGAAAUCUAUGAAGAUGUCCUAUUCUUCUUAUCAAAGAAAGAAAAGGAAAAGGCCAAGCAGUUGAGGAAGAGGAACUGGGAGGCAUUAAAAAACAUCCUGGAUAAUAUGGCUAAUGUCACAUACUGUACUACCUGGUCAGAGGCUCAACAAUAUCUGAUGGACAAUCCUACCUUUGCAGAAGACGAGGAACUUCAGAAUAUGGAUAAGGAGGAUGCAUUGAUUUGUUUCGAAGAGCACAUAAGGGCUUUGGAAAAGGAGGAGGAGGAAGAAAAGCAGAAGGGAUUGCUCAGGGAAAGACGACGGCAACGUAAAAACAGAGAAUCUUUCCAGAUAUUUUUGGAUGAGCUGCAUGAGCAUGGCCAGCUGCAUUCAAUGUCAUCAUGGAUGGAGUUAUAUCCAACCAUAAGUUCUGAUAUUCGAUUUACUAACAUGCUUGGUCAGCCUGGGUCAACAGCACUUGAUCUCUUCAAGUUUUAUGUUGAAGAUCUGAAAGCACGCUACCAUGAUGAAAAAAAGAUAAUAAAAGACAUCUUAAAGGACAAAGGAUUUGUAGUUGAAGUGAAUACUACUUUUGAAGACUUUGUCACAGUCAUCAGUUCAACUAAAAGAGCUACCACUUUAGAUGCUGGAAAUAUCAAGCUAGCUUUCAAUAGUCUGUUGGAAAAGGCAGAGGCUCGUGAACGUGAGAGAGAGAAAGAAGAAGCCCGCAAAAUGAAACGGAAAGAGUCUGCUUUUAAGAGUAUGCUAAAACAAGCAACCCCUCCAAUUGAAAUGGAUGCAGUGUGGGAAGAUAUUCGGGAAAGGUUUGUGAAAGAACCAGCAUUUGAAGACAUCACUCUAGAAUCAGAAAGAAAAAGAAUAUUUAAAGAUUUCAUUUAUUUACUAGAGCAUGAGUGUCAACACCAUCAUUCAAAGAACAAGAAGCAUUCUAAAAAAUCAAAAAAACAUCACAGAAAAAGAUCUCGUUCUCGUUCGGGUUCAGAAUCUGAGGAUGAUGACAGUCAUUCAAAGAAAAAGAGGCAACGCUCAGACUCUCGAUCAGUCUCCGAACGCUCCUCCAGUGCAGAAUCUGAGAGAAGCUACAAGAAAUCAAAGAAACACAAAAAGAAGAACAAAAAGAGGAGACACAAGUCUGAUUCUCCAGAAUCGGAUGUGGAUCGAGAAAAAGACAAAAAGGAGAGAGAAAAUGAAAAGGAAAGAAGUAGGCAAAGAUCCGAAUCUAAGCAUAAAUCACCUCCUAAAAAGCGACCUGGCAAAGAUUCUGGUAAUUGGGAUACCUCUGGUAGUGAAUUAAGUGAAGGUGAACUAGAAAAACAAAGGAGGACCCUCUUGGAACAACUGGAUGAAGAUCAAUAAAAAGUAUUUAUACCAAA